AUGGCGGCCAUCGAAUCCAUCUUCCAAGAGUAUGCAGAGCGCCUCAACCGCCGACUUCCCGGCGAGAACAUGGCGAAGUUCUCGUCUCCUGGACACUCAUCCUCUCAGCUUUUGAAUUUGCCAGCCGGCUUCGAGCACCUAGAACUGUCAAGUGACGUGAACAUCACCAUCCUUCACCAAAUUGGCGACGCUUUUACAGGCGACUUGGCUGCGAUUCUCCUCGUGCGGAUAUCUCCCAAAAGCGUCUUUCCUGCUUCAACCGCCACUGCGGUAAUCGAAUUCCGGCGACACGUUUUCUGUCAAGUUCAUGGCACCACUAUCUCCAACAUCAUGAUUAUAGACGAUGUCGAUGCGUUACGCAACAGCGAAUCGCAGGCGGUCCGGCCCCCAAGCUGGAGCGCUAAAGCUUCUCCUCCAGGGUUCUGUCUCACUGAGGCGUACCGCGCAUACUUCAACUGCGUCUCCACCAGGACCAUGGAAGAGAACCUGUCGAAAUUCACCCAUGACCACAUUACGUUCAAUGAGCAUUCUGUAACCCGUGAACAGUACAGAGGGGCCAUGGAAGAGUGUCACGAUGUCAUGGCGGAUUGCAAGAACACGCUCGAGAAGCUUAUUGUUGACGAGGAGAAACAGCAACUUGCAGCCAGAGUGGUAUUUGAGUGGACACCAGUUAAGGCUUGGAAUGGAAUAGAGCCAACGGUCUCGGAGCAUCUCAGCGUUCAACGCUGGCCAUUCAACAUGGAGCAUGACCGUGCAAAUAUCAAGGUCUCAGAGCAAGACCUCGUCGGCAAAGUGGCAAUCGUGACUGGUGCUUCGCGCGGCAUUGGACGAGGCAUCGCCGUUCACCUCGCAAGCCGUGGGGCGAAUAUCAUCGGAACAUGCUCUGUGCUAUCGUCCUUGGGCAAAAUCGAUGAUUUGAGAGCCGAGAUAGAUUCCCUGUACAGAAAUUCCAACAAGAGUUCUGUACCACAGAUUAAAGGCGUGGUUGCGCCUUUACUGGAGCCUCGAGAGUACUGCAGUGCCAUCGUCAAUGCCGUCAAAGAGUAUGGGAGUUUGAACAUACUUGUGCAAAACGCGGCGGUCGUGGAGGUCGCGCCAGUGGGCACGAUCACCCAGGACCACAUUGAUCGCUUACUUACGGCCAAUAUUGAAGCACCUGUAUUUCUCGUGCAAGCACUUCUCCCGUACUUCCGGCCGGAAAGCCGAAUCAUCAACAUCUCUUCCGAAGGAGGCCGAGAUCCUUCUCCAGUUGCUCUGGUUUACAGCGGUUGCAAGAGCGCUAUUGAAUCGAUGACUCGCGUGUGGGCUGACGCUUGGGGGACAAGGCCUGGGAUGGAGAGGACUACAGUGAACUCAGUUGCUGUUGGCAUUACGCAAACCGAAUUGGCCUCACAAAUGCCGGACACCCCUGAGAUCCGCCAGUUCCUUGAGGUAAAGAAAACCGCAUGCAGUGUGGAAAAGAGGUUGGGGAGAGUCGAUGACAUAGCUGAAAUCGUAGGCUUUCUGUCAUCUGAGAAGAGUCGAUGGGUCAGUGGGAGCGUGAUCUGCGCAAAUGGCGGUACUGUCAAGGUUCUCUAG